AUGUCGUUUACCAAGUUCAGCCUGGCGCUCUGCGCCAUCCUCUCUACCCUCCUCCCCCUAACAACCGCCCAAGCCCCCGAAGGAAAACCCUACACGGACCCAAAAACAAACAUAACCUUCUCCACCUGGGAAAUCGGCGAAUCCUCCGGCUCGGGCCCAUUCACAUUCGGGCUCGCCCUCCCACCCAACGCCCUAAAGACCGACGCUACCGAGUUCAUCGGAUACAUGAAAUGCGCGCCCUCGAACGGCUGGUGUGGUGUGUCGCUGGGCGGGUCCAUGACGAAUGCCCUCCUGGUCGUUGCAUACGCGGACCAGAAGCAGAACGUGAAACGGUCGCUGCGGUUUACGUCGAAGUACACCCUGCCCGGGGUGUAUGAGGGCAAUGCCACGAUCUCGCCGAUUGCGUCGGAGGUGGAGAAGGAUUCGUUCACGACGGUGUUUCGGUGCGAGGAGUGUCUGCGGUGGGCGCAGAAUGGGACGGAGGGCAGUGCGGCGACGAGUAGUGGGAAUUUGGACCUGGCGUUUGCGGUUGAGGCCGAGGGGCCGGAUCAAGGGUGUCCGGAUGAGGCCAAAUUUAGGAAACAUUCUGGACAGGGGACUUGGGUUGGUUUCGUGGAUAAUUCCACUGUGAGUGAGAGCUAUGAGAGCUGGGCUGGCAAGGCGGAGACUGUGCGUGGGGGUGGUUGUUAG